AUGGCAACUAUUUUAGUCCCUGGAGCCUCUCUGAAGAACAAGAACUUUCUCGGAGCUAUACAGCAAGCAGGCAGUGCCACAAUGUACCCAUUGCCAGCCGAGCCGGCCCGUUUCGUGACGGGAAAGUCGCUGUCCAGCACUCCGGUGGACGAACUGAGCCGCAGGAUUCGACAGCUCUGCGACACAGACCCCAGGGUCCUACUUACCAUGGCGAAGAUGGAGGAAGACGAUCGGAAGUCUUGGGUACGGCUGGCCCACUUCAUGAUUCUUCUGGCCAAUGAACAGCACCAGGAACCAAAUGGCGCGGAUCGUACCAUUCAAGGUCCCCCAGGCCCACCUGGUCGCCUCGGCCCGCCUGGUCCCCUCGGCCCGCCUGGUCCCGGCGGCCCGCCUGGUCCCCCUGGUAGAGACGGACGGGAUGGACUAGCUGGGCAGCCCGGAGUAGAUGGACGGCCUGGGGUGUACGGAGUUCCAGGGAACCAAGGUCCAGUCGGUCCCGUAGGACCAGCUGGCUUGCGGGGACCCUCUGGAGACAAAGGUGCGCCAGGAAUAGACCGUUCAGAGACCUCUGUCUAUGUCCGCUGGGGGAAGAAAACGUGUCCGACCGAUCUCGGGACAGAGCAGAUUUAUUCCGGAACGGCUGGAGGUUCAUGGUUCAAUGACAAAGGCGGCGGCGCCAAUUACCAGUGUCUGCCCCCCGACCCACAGUGGGGAAAGUAUCAAGAUGGAACCCAAGGGUGGAGAGCUUUCAUGCACGGAGCGGAGUACAAGUUGGACACAAACGUCCCGUUCGGCUCCACCUCCCUUCACAAUAACGACGUCCCGUGUGCGGUCUGUCACGUCCCAACCCGCGGCAGUAAGUUGAUGAUCCCCGCCCGUAACACCUGCCCCGCCGGCUGGACCCGGGAGUACCAUGGCUACCUUAUGAGUGAGAAUUUCAAACACUCCAGUGCUAAAGAGUUCGUCUGUGUAGAUGAACAGCCUGACGUGAUACAUGGCGGACAUGCCGACCAGAACGGAGCGAUAUUCUGCCCUGUGGAAGCUCGCUGCGGGUCCCUGCCGUGUCCCAACUACGUGGAAGGGAGGGAGCUUACCUGUGUCGUCUGUACCAAAUAGAACACCUUUAAGCUAAAGGCACAACCCGCCGUAAGUGCAAUUUGUCUGUACGUUUUUUGGGAAGGCC